AUGAAGUACAGCGUGGCAUCUAUCAUUCUUACAACCGCUUGGACUGUCCAAGCUGCUCCAACCGCAGUGUCUUCUAUGGGAGGGCGAGGAUUGCCGUACAACGCCGUUCGCAGCGCUCAUAGUCAGCGUAAACAAGUGCGCCAGGAGAGUACAGCUGCGGGAGUGAUCACUUCUGAGCCUGCUGUAAUCACUUCUGAACCGGUUAUUAUCACUUCCGAGCCGGCCAUAAUUACUUCAGAGCCAGCUGUAAUUACUUCAGAGCCGGCUGUCAUCACUUCAGAGCCGGCUGUAAUUACUUCAGAGCCUGCCGUGAUCACCUCCGUUCCGGAUGCUCCAACAGCAGACCCAAACCCUCUUCCUGUCACCUCGGCUGCCAUCGCCUCUGAGCCUGCCAUAGUCAAUCGCGACGCCGCUGUGCUUAAUAACACAGCCGAUCCCAACUCCGGCGCGCCUGAUACAAACGAUCCCGAAUUGCCUCCCGCAGUGUCCUUGCCUGGUGGAGGCGCUACCCCUCCUGAGAUAGUCAACCCUGAUUCCGGCGCGCCUACGACGAACAAUUCCGACUCGGGUGCGCCUGACAGCUCUCGCUUUAAAGUCCGGCAGGAAACGGUGGAUAUUGGCCAGACUGGAGUCGCCACCCCUAUCGAAACCUUUGUCGGGACUUCUCCUACGGCGGACCCCGCAACUCCCAUCGAAACCUUGAUUGGGACCUCACCUACCGCCGAUCCUGUGACUCCUAUUGAGACUUUUGUUGGUACCUCACCCACGGCCGACCCUGUGACCCCUAUUGAGACUUUUGUCGGCACGUCACCUACCGCUGACCCCGUGACUCCCAUUGAAACCUUUAUUGGGACCUCACCUACCGCCGAGCCUGUGGCGACUUCCGGGAGCAGUGCAUAG